AUUAGAUUUAUUAUGAUAAAUAAAUAUAACGAAAUAUGAUAAUAAAAAAACUUUUCCUACAUUUUUAUUGUUGGAGUUUAAAUAAAAUUUGAAAAUUCACUAAAAAAACAAAAAUUUGAUUAUAUAUUAAAUUUCACAAGAGAGGGAGAUUUGUGUGUAUCAAUUCUUAUUCAUCAAAAAAGUCGGCAGGGGUUCUAAAAGAAAAGAGAAGUACAAAUAUGGUCCCAGCAUGUUUUCUUGAUACUAAUCUUAGUCUUAAAAUCUUAGUGUAGUCAUAUAAGAGGAAAAUGUCAGAAAAAAAAUCAAGAACCUACUUAAACCAAAUCUUUUAAGAGAGCUACUGCUAGAAAUUAUAAUCAGACUCUGAUAACAAAUGAUCGUGAUCCCCCGCAACCAAAUAGUAAUAGUCACUCUUUUUUCUUUAAAUUUUUUUGACCGAGCGGGGGCUAACAGACAUCAAGUCAUUAAUAAUUGCAAACCUCAAAGAAGAUGUUUUGUGACGAAGUUUUUUUUUAUUGUUAUGACGUAAAAAAAACAACGCCACGUCAUUAGGGCGCGUACAGCUGAUAUAAACUUUGUUUAUUUAUAAAAGCAUUGAAUACAAAAAGCGAAGAUUUAAAUAAAAAUGACAAAUAUUUACUUCCUGGCUUUGUUUUUCUUUCUCUUAACUUUCCCUUAGUUUAUUAUUAUUUUAAAUGAUUUUAAUUCAUCUUUUAUUUUCUUUGUUGUUGGUUUGAAAAAAGUUUUUUUAGAGAAGAGUUUUAGGUGGCGUAACGAGAGUGAAACUUCGGUUCGCACAAAAGGCUCACAAAAAAUCAAUAAAAAUAGUAAAAGAUUUUGAAGACUGGUGCUCACUGGUUUCGUAUUUCCGUUUUGCCUUAAAUCCAAACAGUUUAAAGUAUAUUUCACAUGUUCCACAGAACGUAGAAGUAUGACACCUAACAUUCAAGUUGCUCGAAAGAACAUAAUUACACCAAGUCAAAUGAAAACCAAAAAGAGACCAAAACAGAAAUUAGCGAAGCCAACAGGUGAUCAAAAUAAAGAAAACGAAAAUCUUCAUGAUCCUUUAUCAAUGGAUUAUGAACUAGAGGCUGGAGUAAAGCUUAUUACUAAUUUUAUACAAAGAUCCCAAAUUCCAAAACAAAGUCAAAACCUUGAGGACUUUACUAACAAGUUAGUCAGUGACUUAAAAUCAGAAUAUGAAGGACAUUGGUAUCCAGAACGUCCAGAAAAAGGUAGUGCAUUUAGAUGCUUACGCAUAAAUCAAAAUGGUAGCGAAUCACUGAUUGAAAAAACAGCACGUCUCUCUGGUUUUACGUGGAUUAAAAAUUGUCUUCCAAAAGAGUUUACCAUAUGGAUUGAUCCUGGUGAGGUUUCGUACCGAAUCGGUGAGGAAGGCUCUAUUUGCGUGCACUACAAUAGAAAGCUUGCAAAACGCCUGUAAAAUUUAAUGUAAAAAACUUUGUCUUUAUUUAAUCAUGGUACUCCCUGUUUUUCUUUGAUCUAUUUUUGAAUUUGUUUUUUUUGGCUUUUUUUUAAUUGAGGUUUUUAUGCAGAUUGGUUCUUGUUUUACUUAUGGAAAAGUCAUAUUUAAGCUUUUGUUUUUUGAUUUAUUAAUGGUUUAGUUUUUACUAAAACAUAAACAAGACAUAUGAUUGCAAUUACAGUAAUCUGUUCUCGGUACUUACAAACAAGAAACAUAAUUAAAUUUCAAACCAUGGUUAAUUUAAAAUAAAUGGAUCGGAUGCAUAAUUUAGUUUACUGCCGGAUGUAUCUCAUUAAUGAACUUCCCUGUGUAACCCAAAUCUUAAUAUUUGUUAUGCUUACAUGCCAUUUUUAAUGUUCUUAUAUAUUGUAUAAAUAUAUAUAUAUAUAUUAUAUACAAAUCUUAAAACCAUGUAUAUAUAAUAUUAUGCCAAAUUUAUCUUGGUUUACAGAGGACUUUCCAACAAAAAGGGAUAUUUUAAUGUGAUAUGUUUGUGUUGUAAUGUUUAAAAAUAGUAAGCUAAAUACAAGACCUGCUUUUAUUGGGGUAAAUUUAUUAUAUUAAGUGAGUAAAAACAAAACACAAUUCUAAGUGAAGAAUUUUUGAACUGAGCAUUUUUAACCUUUGCAAAAUCAUUCAUUGCACAACACUUGAAGUGCAACAUCUACUAAUAUAUUUGCUAAAAAGUUACAAUUAAAAAUUAGUUGCUGAUAUUCAUAACAAAGCAAUAUAACACAACACUUUGCAAAUAAAUGAUUAGAUGUUUUAGACAUACACGCACACACACAAGUACACUCUUGAAAGCUAAUGGUUUAUUUUUCUAUAGGUUUGAAAACGAUUUAUUUCCAAUUGUGUAUAUAUAUUGAAUUUUUCACUUAUUUGUAUAUAUUCUCACAUUAUAUAUGUGAAUAGGAUUUUGAUGCUCAUAUAUAUAUACGCUAUUUGUACAUAUAUACUAUAGAUCGAGAAAACAGGGCAGUGUGUCAUGUUAAACAUUUUAAUGAAAAUAUGAAAACUAAAAAUA